AUGGACUUUGCCGGGUUGGAAGAUCUGUUGAGAAGUGACGGCGAGUCCGAAGAAGAAAUAUUAAAUUGGUAUGAAAAGAUCGCCGAGGUUUGUUGCUGCCUUUUUUCGGGGUUCAAUUUUUCUAGCGGACAGAAAUAUGAUGAAAACCACCAUUUUUUUCUAUAUGAAUAAAUAUCAAAAACUCACCGAUAACAGACAAUUUCAGUAUGAAAUCGACGGAAAUGAGUCGACCGACGAGAUCAACUUGCUGUUUCAAGCCACCAAGUGUGUUUCGAUUUGCUAGAAGUUCAACAUUUAUCGAUUAAAAGGUACCUGAUGAGCUACGCUUUCACUUCGGCCGAGGAACUGCGAAGCGUGACGGAAGCUGAAGCCGUGGCGAUGGCGGAGAGAGAAAACGCCUGGGAAGAACAGCGGGCUCUUCUCAAGGUUUUCCCUUCCGAGAUCGGAAUGAAAGAAUCCCUGAAAUCGUUUUCUCAGUUUCACCUCUCUUUUAGUUACGAUCAUUGAAUGAAAUUUCAAUUUAAACUUAUCAGAAAUUAUUUAAAAAGUCUAUUUGAAUUGAAAGACUUUCAGGAGGAACUUGAAGAGCUACGUGAACAAAUAACUUCAAAAGCAGAUAUUGGAGAUUCGACAGCCACUUUUAGGUUAUUUUUCCUCUUAAAAUGUAUUUCGUGCGGCACGAUUCGACACUUUUCGGUCACAUGUUGAAUGGUUCGACUCUUGCCGGUCGUGCUGCGGUUUCAGUUGAACUAUCAAGAUCCGCUUCGUAUCCGCUUCGCAGUUUUUUUCAAGUUUUGAAGCCAUUCCCCAUGCGACCGAAGGGCUCCUAGUCGAGACGAGUCAACUAUAUCAGAUAUUUUUUUUUUGAAAAUAGAACUCUUUGAUUGAAACUCAAAAAUAGUUUUUAGAGCUCAAAUCGAAAGUUUGAAAGAAGAAAACCUGCAGUUACAACAGUUUGGAAGGGACCGCGACAGAGAGAUGGCCGACCAGAGAGACAGGUUUCGUUCUUUUUAAUUCCCCUCAUUUUUUGAAACAAUAUUUAUAAUUUUUGAAAUUGAGUUCGAUCAUACGUGGGCGCCGACCACUUUUUUCACUUUCGCACGGUCCCACGCGUGACGUCACAUGACGUCAUAGCGGCCAAAACUGUAAACAACCCAGCGCGCUCUCGCGGCGUUCGCGCGCGCUGAAACGCUCACAGAGUUUUUGAAUAUUUUACUUAUGAAAGACUUUUUAUAAUAAUGCAAACAACUUUUUUUCCUUUUCUAUUUUUUUCAAUCAUUAAUGUUUUUUUAUAAAAAAAGUUCCGUGGAGAAAAAAAUCGGAAAAAAAGGCUAGAAAAAUGUUUUUUUGGUUUUUUUCUUGAUAUUUUUUUGUGCGAAAAGAGAAGUUUUAAGUCACAAAAUGCUCUUAUUUUUUUCUCUAGAAAUUUUAAAUGCCGCUAAAAUUUGCUUCAGUGAGAAACCUUACAAAAAAAUUUUUAAAUAACUACUGAAAAAGAACAAUACACAUUUAAAAAAAGUUUGAAAUAUAGAUUAAAUCUUAUUAUGAAAAACAUUCGAAGUUCAUAUAGAAAUCUAAUUCUAACUAUUGAAAAAAAUUUAAUAAUCAUUGCAUCAUGAAGACAUUUACAGGAAAUGCUUUCAUGUUAACAAGAGCGAAACCUGCCUUGGUCUCCUUCAAUUUUUUUUCUACCUCAUCAGACUCAUCAAUGUUCAGAACGAAAUUUAUUCUGGAAUAUUAGUAUAAUAAGAGAGGUAGAUAAGAAAAAAAUACAUAUAUAAAAACCAUGUUUUUAGAGUAUUUAUGCAGAAAAAUUUUGGCGCGAGCAUAUUUUUUUAAAUAGUUUAUAAGUUUGCGCCGUAAGUAAAAACUUGUUUUGGUUCUACUUUUCCUUUCUCACUCAUAUGAAAGUUUUCCUUUAAAAAAUGGGAGUUUGUUAACACUCCUCGUGGCCUUUUCCCUCCCCUGUAGCAUUUCCAUAUCAUCUCAAUAUUACGAAAAAAGUGAUUUUAUUUGAAGAAAAGAAGCCGAAAACUUCCGAGUUUUCUCAAAGUUUAAAGUUCUGUGAAAAAAAUAAUUAAGCUGAAAUUUCUGAAAAGUCGUAACUCCAUCAACGAUUUGAAAAAAAUUCCACUAAAUUGGAAUCCAAUCAAAGUUUUGAAGUCACGUAAUCAAUUUUUUUUAAAUAGUUUAACAAUUGCUCACUAUUUUCAUAAAGAUUCCUAACUCCAAAACUUCCAUUUUAGGUUUCUUUUUUGCUUGGUGAUACAUAAUUUCCCCGGACUUCAAAACAUAAAAAAAUUGAUGCAGUUGAUGAGAAGCUCUCGAUUUGAUUUUUUCGAAUAGAACGGAGAAAGGGAGGGCGAAAAAUUUGAGGUUUCUUUCCCAAAAACUUCUUCUGUAAUAUUGUUUGAGCGCCUAUUAAUCUGACACUCUGAAGUUGUUGGCAAAAACAAAAAAACUGAUAUUACAAUAUUAAAAAUAUACUCCUUUUUUUCAAUAAAACAGCCUAAAAAAUGUUUCGCAUUGUUUUCCUGAGAAGUUACUAGCAUUUAGAUGAAAUUUUCAACUAUUUUCUUCAACUCACCUUUUUGUUUCAAAGCGUAGGCGUUUCGCGCAAAAAUUUGUCACUUUUGUCCAGGCUUGUGCGGCAGGCCGGCCGGCCGGCCUGCCCGGGCUUUGGGCCCCAAUUUUUUUAAAAAAGCCUACGCGAGCUCGGGUCAGGCCGGACUUUGGAAAAAAAAAAUCUUGAAUUUCAUUUUUUUCGAAAUUUCGCCGAAAAAUAAUUUUACUUGUUAAAUCAUAGUUUCUUAUAACUCUAUGAGGAUAAAUAAGUAAAAAAUCCCACUUUUCUCGUUAAAAAAGCGAAAAGUUGAAAAUGAAAAAAAUUUGAGCUUUUUGGGCCGGGCCGGCCAUUUUUGCUUGAGGCCCUUCUAAGGCCGGGCCGGGCCGGGCUUGGGAAGUGACCGGAAGGCCGAGAGGUUGACGGGCCGCCCCUCGCACCUGCUUUUGUCAUACUGCUUUUCAUGACUCAUAUUAGUCUUCAUUGUGCUCUGGUCUACUACUAUUCGGGAAAUAUGGAAAAUUGUUUCAAAUCGAGAUCAUAUCCGAGCAUCCCCAAGUGUACAAGUGCAAAAAUGGGGCAAAAAAAAAAAAAGCAUAAUGAAAAUCCCAAUUUUUUUAAAUUUCCUAAUAUCAACGUACCUCAGAAACACAAUGAAACCAAAGAAAAAUUCAUAGACGAAAACAGAAAUAAAGGAAUAAAUCGAAAAAAAUCUUGGACCAAAUUCCAUCUCCAGUUUUGAAAUUUUUACAUUUACAAUUACUGGUACACUCGGAGACAUGAUUCAUCAAAAAAAUUCAAUGAAAAAAAUUAGGUCUGCCAAUAAUAACUUCAAACUGUGAAAAAUAAUUUUUUUCUUUUUUUCCUUAAGAAAAAUUAUUUUCAAAACCGAAAUUUUUUUAUAGAGAUGCCUAUUCUAGUUUAAAAAAUUGAUCGUUCGACCGACCGUUCGAACAAUAGUUUUUCAACGCGUCAUAAUAAAUGGUCAUUGGUCGAACGGUUGGAGUUUCAACAUUUCAACAUGUCACUUAAGAGUGACAUGUUGGUUUUUGACUGUUCUAAAUGUCACUCUCAAAAUGGUCGGUUUAGUAGAUUUCAGAAACUGGUCGGUCAAACGAACGGUCAGAAAAAUGACAUGUUAUAACCGUUCGAAAACUGAACAGUGAAAUCAUUCGAACGGUCUUAUUGAUCGACGGUCAAAUUUUAAAACACUAAUGUCCACCAAGUUUUGACGUCUACUUUCUUUUAUAGUCUCUUACUGAAAAAUUCCAAAAAAAAGAACAGCCUCUAACUUGAACAGUUUUGUUAACAAAACAUGGUUCUUGACCAGUUUCUCUUUUAGUAAGUAGAUGUAAAGGUUGUUUUAUUGACUUCGUUGGUUUGGCAUGGUGCGCCAGUUGGACUGGGUAGGGUGCGCCCGGGGCUAUAACUCGUCUCAAAAUGGUCAAAUCAAGUUCCAAACUGACUUUUAGCCUUAAAACAAUGACCUCACUCAUUUAUGAGAAAACUGGAUCAAAAAGUCCGCAUUUUCCCAAUUUUCAGUUUUUACCGGUCCAUACCGGUGCUCACCGGUUAAUGAUAAAAUUUGCUCAAAAAAGGCUUCUAGGCAUUCAAAUCGUCUGGAAAAUGAUUUUUCAUGAAUAAAAAGUGGAAAAAGUUAACUUUUUGAUGGUUUGGCAUGGUGCGCCAGUUGGACUGGGUAGGGUGCGCCCGGGGCUAUAACUCGGCUCAAAAUGGUCAAAUCAAGUUCCAAACUGACUUGUAGCCUUAAAACAAUGACCUCACUCAUUUAUGAGAAAACUGGAUCGAAAAGUUCGCAUUUUCUCAAUUUUCAGUUUUUACCGGUCCAUACCGGUGCUCACCGGUUAAUGAUAAAAUUUGCUCAAAAAAGGCUUCUAGGCAUUCAAAUCGUCUGGAAAAUGAUUUUUCAUGAAUAAAAAGUGGAAAAAGUUAACUUUUUGAUAGUUUGGCAUGGUGCGCCAGUUGGACUGGGUAGGGUGCGCCCGGGGCUAUAACUCGGCUCAAAAUGGUCAAAUCAAGUUCCAAACUGACUUGUAGCCUUAAAACAAUGACCUCACUCAUUUAUGAGAAAACUGGAUCGAAAAGUUCGCAUUUUCUCAAUUUUCAGUUUUUACCGGUCCGUACCGGUGCUCACCGGUUCGUUGUCUGGGAACUCCAAAAAAGGGCCAAACCAAUUGAGAAAAAAGAUGAAUCAAGAUUGAAACCUAAAAAAAGUCGUCUGCAUUGUUUUUUUUUUUUGAUAUUAGUCCUCUUAAAAUGCAAAAAAGUUAAAAUCUAUGAUUAGGGACCGCAGACGAAUUUUCAAAAAAAUUUUUUCAGCAUUGAGCUUUGUAUGGUUCGAUAGCUGUUUCGAUUCAAAAACUCAGAACCGUUUAGUUUUUUUCAAAAAAAGAUUGAGGAUGAAAAAAAGUUAUGACGGAAAAGGUGGCGCGCCGCGCACCAUGUUUUUUUAGUACUGAAAAAUUUGGUAUUUCCAUUUUUUUGACAUUUUUUUCUCGAUUUUUUUCUUCUAGAACAAGUUUUUGAUACUGGUCUAUUAUGAUGUAACAAAUCAUAAUAGAGUGCUGAAAUGAUGCUAAUCAGCUAGUUUGCCGAAAAAGUCGGUAUUUUCCAGAAAACAAAAAACUGGCGCUUCCGGGCAUCGAACUCGCGACCUCAAAAUGUAAAAUCGGAGCGCACGCGUUGCGCCAAGCUGUUAGGUCCAAUGCGGGGAGCUUCCAUCCGCCAUACCCUUGAGCCGUUUGAAUAGCACAGAUUGCCUAUUUCAAAAAUAAAAACUUGAAGUAAUUUAGCUAUUUUUUUAUCAGAAUAUGUUCGCAAAUCUUUACUCAAACGUUUCGUGGAAAUUCACUUCGAAAAAAACUGUUUUUUUAGUGCUUUUUUUGCCUCGUUUAACGAUCGCUGCAUUAAAACGGCCCCGUAAAUUUUUGGCAAAGACGAAUUUUUUAUUUUAUUCUUUUAAUUGAAAGAUUUUUUACUAAUAAAUGUAUAUAAUCAUUUGAAAAACCUGCGUUCGACCGCUUUCUGUGUGAUAAACGCCGCUAAUUUUUUUCUCUAGUUUCAAGAGCAUUUUUGCGUAUUAAACAACUUUUUCAAGCACAGGUGCUGUGGAGAAAAAUUUAAGUAAGACCAUGGUCUAAAUUUUGAAAAAACAAAAACUCGAUUAUAUUCGCUUAUUAACGAUAUUUUGAAUUAUGACUUUCGGCGCUCCCUAAAAUUUUUGGCAAAGACGAAUUUUUUAUUUUAUUGUUUUAAAAUUACCGUUACUUGAAUCAAAAAUCAUUAUUUAAAAAAAGAAAGAGUGCGUUCGACCUAAAAAAACACAUGAAAAAAAGCAAAAAAACGACAAAAUUUUUUUAGUUCCAUUCACGUUUUUGUACGACAUUCCGCGAGAACGCAUCAAAAAAGCGUGAAAUAUUUUUUAAACGAAAGAGGAGGCUUUUCUGUACAUGUGUGUCAAAUUUUAUUCGCCAGUUCCACAUAUUUUACAACUACAACAAAAUGAAAGUUGAAAACCAAAAAAAAGCCACUUUUUCUAUCGCGAAAAGGGGCGUGGCUUUGCGGUCCCUAUCUAUGAUCCCAUUAAAAAAAAUAUUAUAUAGCGGAAAAAACGAAAAUGCACAAUAUGGACGAUUGCUUUGCGACAGUGAGCGAAAAUGACAUCAUGUGACGUCAAAAAACGCUUUUGGUAUGGUGCGACGAAAAUUGGGUAUGGUGCGCUGCCAGUUGGGGAGGGUGCGACAUGACGUCACUAUUAAAUUUAACCGCCGCCCACGUAUGAGUUCGAUUCAAAAUGUUUAUAGGUUUGAAAGUAUCGUUUCGAGAGUUGAAGCCGUAACAAGGGAGCGAGACGGACUGAUCGACCAUGUAAGUUUUCUCCAAUUUACUUCAACUUUUCAUUUCACCGAGGGAGUACUCUGGGUGAGCAGUUAGAAUUUUAUUUUAAGUUUAUCCGAACUCUCUCUAAAGUUCUGAUUUAGAGAUGGCGGUCCGCAUUCCGCGAAAAAAAUGUUUUGUUUUUCGAAUUCAUAGGCAGUUUCAUAGAAAUGUUCCUUUUAAGGUGAGAGAGGUUCCUUUUUUGGCUCAAUAAAGGGACUCUUUUUGCUGCCUUUCUGCGGCCUUUUUAGAGCCUCUUCCUUUCAGCGGCCAUUACCCACCAUUCCGUUUCUGCCCGAGUUUCGCGUUUUUCGAUAUGACUUCUCAAAAUGUACUUUGAUUCUUUUCAAGUUUUUUUACAGUUCAGUCGUUUGUUCGCACCCGCUAACUGUCGGAAAAUACAUAGCUACCACCUUUACAAUCCAAAAAAAUUCUGAAAAAAAAUUGUUCCGCAUUCCGCGAUUUGAAAAUUCAGUUCAGUCCAUCUCUGUUUUGAAUAAUGACGUCAUGCGCAAGUUUUUUUUUGUUUUUUUUUUAAGGUGUGGUUUUCAAAUUUUCAAAGUUCACUUCAGAAAUAGGCCUGCAACAAAAUUCCCGGAACUUGAAAAAAAAAACAUUAUUUUGAACUAAAAUCUAAAAAAAUGUCGGGAUGAGGACCUUUUAAUGAAGUUUUGCGUAUUUCCGAGUUAGAGCUAACUUUUCUAUGCAGAAAAUCCACCUGGAAGACACGAUACGAGAGCUAAACCGGCGUAUUUCGGCGAAAAGUGAAGAAAGUUCGUCGGAUUGGGAGGGCCGAAAGUUGCGCCAACGCAACGAACAAGCUCUGACUCUGAGUCGCCAACUCCAGGUGUCACAUUUGUUCUGUCCAAAAGCGAAACCUUGGUUUUCAGGCCGUUGUUGCUCAGAACGAAGAGCUCCGCGAAGAAAUUGAACGGGUCAGUGAAGCUCUUCAGGAAGCGACGCGAAUUAUUGAAGAUAGCGCUUUGAGGUUUGAAGAUAACAAUGUUUCCAUUAUCCCAAUAAUUUCUUCUUGCUAUUUUCGAUGUUUGAGGUACACGGACUUGUCCGAAGAGCUGGAGAACGCUCAAAAACGGGUCCAAGAGCUGGCCGACCAGAAUCGGAGAUUGACCGAAGGACUUCCUGACAAGGUUCAAAGACAAAAAAGAAAGCCUCUUCUAGAAGAAUCCUAUAUUAUAUUCCCACCGAGAAAAAAUCCUUGAUUCGAAAAAAAAAUACGCGGUUAAAAUUCAUUAAAUUCAUAUGAUAAUGAGACAGAAAAACAAUCAAUUCGAAGCUCUAAAUUUUUAUGAUUUUCGGUGUUGACAUCAGUUCAAAAUCGAAAAAUAAUUCUAGAUCGUGGAAAACUUGCCCAAAUGCAUUUCUGCAGCGGAAAAGAUGCUUUCUGGCGCCAGUACCGACAAAAUUGACUUCCUAUGGCAGGUAAGCUUGCAAGAAACAAAACGCAAAAUUUUUGGGCCGAACCGGGGAUUGAACCCGGGACCUCUCGCACCCAAAGCGAGAAUCAUACCACUAGACCAUUCGGCCGACGAGGGUCGUGGCGCCGCUUUUCGGCCUCCUUCCACUUGCCUUCCAGUGUUGAACAUGUGUCCUUCAGAUGUCAGAACUGCUUUUGCCGAGUUUUUUGACGGAUCAAGAUUUUCAAGCUCUGCAGGACACUACGGGAAGGACUUUGGAAUUGGAGUUACAGGUGAAUUUUAUUCUUUUCGAGUAAAAGGUCGUAGUUCAUUGUUAAAAGUUUUUAUAAAACAUAAAAAAAAAUUUGAAUUUUUGAUAUCAGUUUACCGAAAUGAAAAGAAAAGAAAACAAAUUUUAGGACAAAAUCGAUCGUUCAGAACAGAAAAUUGGAUCGCUACAAGAAGAGUUGGCGGCGUCAGUUGUGAGUUUUUGUGAAAAUUCAAUUUUCGAAAUUGAUGGCGUUCAGGAGGAAACCAACAAUUUGAGAAGACUGAUCAGAGAAGAUCGAACGGCAGAAAAAGAAGAGGAGCUGGAGCAACUCAGAAUGGAGCUUGUGUCAGCUACCAGGUUAGCGAAAUGAAAUCAUAUCAAUUACAGAGAAACAAAAUGAACUCAGAACGAAAGUGAGCUUUGGAGAUAUCCCUUUGUCAUGAAAAUCUUCUAUCAAGUAUUGAAAAACUAGAAAGAAUUGACCACACUGGAAUGGCUUAACGCGUAAUGCGUAAUAACGCGUAAUAAACGCCAAACGGUUCCUAUGAGCGGCCCAGGUCAUUUUCAGAUAUCUCUUUUUCGUUAGAAAUUCUUGAGGUCUUCUCUUAUGAAAUUAUCAGAGAACUCAGUUCUGAAGAAUAUAGGAAAAUGUGUUUUUGAAUCGUGUCAGCACAGAAAAAAAAACGAAGAAAGUUGGAAAGCUUCCCUUUUCGUAAACGGAUAAAAACCAUGUCAUUUUGAGUCUUGCUCGGAAUUUGUUUGGCGAAGCGAUGCUCGACAAGUCCGGCGGCGAUGCGACCUUAACUCUGCAAAUGAGGAUUUUCCAACUGGAACAGGCUGGCGAUGAACUUCGGAAGAAGGUUUUCUUGGGAAAUAGAUUGGACUCUGAAAUUUUCAUUCAGAUUGAAGAGAACGAGAAGAAAGAGGCCGAAUUGCUGAGUUCGAUGGAGGAAAAAGACAUGCUCAACAUGGACUUGGCGGCGGAACUGGAGAGAUUCAAAAACGUUUGCUUUUUUCUUUUUCCAAUACCUUCUUUUUGUUAUUUAUAUUGAAUGAAAAAAGUACAUGUUCAACUAUUUAGCAUAUAGACUUGCAAAAACUGGAAAAAGUUAGAAAAACUAGAAUUUAAUAAUUACAUGAGAGGCUGUUUAAACAUCUUGUUUUGUGUUUUUUUCAAGCUUUUUUUGAAUUUUAUUCCGUUUUCUGCACAUUGACAGGUGACUUUUGGAUCGGCGAGAGAGGAAAUUCGACGGCUCGAAACUCAGCUGAAGUUCCGCGACGAGCAAAUCGCAGAACUGCGGCGCCGAUGCACGUUGCUCCACGUCGAGUUGGGCCAGUACGCCGAGAAGUUAGAUGGAAAUCCCGAACAGCGUCUGAAGACGUCGAUCAAGAAGCCAACAACUUUGAAGACUGCUGGCUCUGAUCGAAAGGUGCUUCAUAAACUGAAUACAAGGAUGCAAAAACCGAUUUGGACGUGUUUUAGAGUAUUUUGGGGCCCUUUUAAAGUCCACAAUCUCACAUAGAUUUUCGAUGAAUUAGAUGGAGUUUUUGGCCAAUUUCAACGCUUUUUUUUUCUUGGUUUCUGAGGUUGAACUUUCGAAAAACUGCGGUUUUCUAGUAAAUUUUCAAGAAAUUCUACCGAAAACUGUCAUGUAUUCUAUUGUCACUUUUUCUGAUUGUACGAAAAAUGUAAUAACGAUGAAAAACGUCUGAGAGCUGAAAAAAUCUGUUACAACUUUUCGGGCUGGACUUUGAAGUUUGAAGUUUCAGAAGCCACCUUCGACCCUUCCCAGAAAACCAAAGGAGCUGCCUUCGCCCCCUUUCACCGAAGAAGCGACGUCAUCUGAACCAGAAGAAAGAAAACUUCUUCCGAAAAAGUCCGAUCAAGUCGAAAAGUCGCGUGAAGCUCCGCCCAAAGACGUCGAUUACUCAGAAGUUGCACAUCAGGCCGUUCUUAUCUCCAACCUCUACUUCGAGCUCAUGCAACUUUUAGAGGUGAAAUAAUGAUUUAAAAAAAGUUAGAAAGUGAUGUUUUGAUAUUCGAUUUCACUAGUUUUCGAUCGAUUAGCCUCACUUGAAACAUCAGUAACACAAUUUUUUCCAGGAACUUUCUCAGAAAGACGGCCAGCUGGCUCAAAUGAAAGCAGCCGUGUCCGGAGCUCGAAAGAGCACAGAACAACUGAAAGCGCAGCUAAACGUGAUUCUCAACCUUCUUCGCCUAAAAUAUGUUCAAAAAACGAAUUUAGCUGGCUUAUGACGAAAUUCGAGAACUAAAACGCGACCACGACAAUAUUGUCGAAAAGACUUUGCUCGAAGCGAGGAAAACAGAAGAAUCUCAGCUCAGGGUCAGCUUUUUUCCUCUAACUCACUGUGAUAAUAUUUGCAGGCUCUGGUAGAUUCAUUGGGAAAUCAAACAGAGCAGCAGAACGGCGAGGCAACCAGAAGAUUGGUUAUAGAGCGAAUCGAAAGGAUACGGUAGCUUCAUUUUGACUGUGUCUUCUGUCCAACUAACGACUACAGCUUGGCCCGACAAUGCGCGAUUCUGAAAAUGAAAUGCUCGAGGGCCGAGGUAGCCGGACGAAGGAUCAGAGAUAACGCGAAAAUAAGAGAGAGUGAGGAUGGCAGACGAAUUGUACGAAUGAGAUAUCAGAUGGUAAGUUAACAUGAGCAAUGGAAUAAGUUUUAAAAAACAUAUUUUUGAUUAACCGCGAUCCUAAGACAUUUCUCAAAGAUGAGACUUAAGAAUCUCCAGAUUUACCCAAACUGAGCUUUUUUUUUCAAAAGUAAACAAUUGAUCGAUUUGAUUAAAAUAAAAGAGAAGGACAAAUUGCAGGAUAAUCUGAGCAUUGAAAUGGGUCGGCUGCAGAAUCGAGUCCUUCAAUCAGUCCACAUCGAAGAACACGAAAAACUGCUUCGCAAGUACAAACAAUUGGUGAAGGAAACGGUCGGAGUCGAAACCGCCGGUGACGUAAGUCUAUUCAAAGGACGUCGUCAGAAUGAGAAGCGGAAAAUCUAUGAACAUGAAAUAUUGCAUCGAUUAUAACAGAUAACUUCAACCCAUCAUCUUACACGGGAAGUGCGAAAGGUCGAGGUAUUGGAAUUUAAUAAAACUUGGUAUAUAGGUACUUCCGAACACCCUGAAUCCAAAGCAGUUGAAAAAAAGUGCGCCUUUUUGGUUUUAGUCGAGUUAGGGCGCCUCAAAGUUUGCACGCAAAAAAUGCAUUGGAAGGGAGGAGGGAAUGUGUUGCGGCGGCUAACUCUUGCUGCCAGCAGGCGGCGUGGUGUAGUGGCUAGAGGCCUUGCACUGUGAAACCUAUGAUGCAGGUUCGGUCCCUUAUUGGUGAAAUUUAUUUUUGCCAUUUUUUUUUGAAAAAUGAGGAAGUUUUGAUGAUGGAGUGGAAGAACAGCUCAAAAUUUUGAAAUUCACCAUUUUAUGCCCAUCUGAGAAAAAAUUUCGACAAAAAAUUUUUUUGCUCCAUUUUCCUUGGCUAACCAUAAGGCUUAUGGUCGAACCAUUCCUUCAAAAAAAAUUUCUGAUGAACCAAUAUGAACCAAUAAAAUCGAAGUUUUAUGAGAUUUAUUCUUCCUUCCUCCUUUAUGACGUUAUGUGUUUAAAAAUGUGUAUUAAAGCCCAGCUUCACUUUAUUUUCACAAUCGAGAUGAUAUGGCGAAUCGCGAUGCUGCAGGAAUGAAAAAAAAGACAAGGAAAAGGGUUAACUAACCGCCAUCUUUGAAGAAAAAAAUCGUUUGAUGAAUAAGAAUAGAAGCAUAGAACUACAAUAAGUUGUUAUUUAUGAAAUAAAACUAUGAACUCUCGCAAGAAUAAACACGACGCCCAAAUUUCCUGCACAGAGCAUGACAAAAAAAGACUAAAAAAAUUUUUUGUUGAAAGUCUUUCUCAAAACGACAUAAAAUAGUGAAUUUUAACACUUUGAACGGUAUUUUUCGUUCCAUCUUCAAAAAUUCAUCAAUUUUUUCGAAAAACUUUAUGGCAAAAAUAAAUUUCACCAAAAAGGGACCGAACCUGCAUAGGUUUCACAGCGCAAGGCCGCUAGCCACUACACCACGCCGCCUGCUGGCAGCUAGAGUUAGCCGCCGCAACACAUUCCCUCCUCCCUUCCAAUGCAUUUUUUGCGUGCAAACUUUGAGGCGCCCUAACUCGACUAAAACCAAAAAGGCGCACUUUUUUUCAACUGCUUUGGAUUCAGGGUGUUCGGAAGUACCUAUAUACCAAGUUUUAUUAAAUUCCAAUACCUCGACCUUUCGCACUUCCCGUGUUAGAUGCAUAUGAAUGAACUGCAAACUCACAAUUUAAUAUUAAGAAAGAAAAAAAAUCGACGAAAUUCGCACCUGAAACCAACUCGGCAGGUUCCAUGUAGGUUCUAAGCCAAAAACGUCGGUGUCUGAAAUAACUGAGAUUCUCCCAAUUAGAAAGAUUAAGAUAACUUAAAGUGUAUUUUCAAGGUGCCAAUAGGAUCUCUCACCAACUUCCAUUCGUAAAAUGAAAGCUUUUUUUUAAUCUUUGGAAUGAGAUAUGAAUCGAGGCUUCCAGUGCUCAUUUCUAGAAUUUCGUUCCUAAUGAAACAUUUCAGGAAAUUCCACGGCAGACUGUUUCGAUAACUCCGUCGUCGGUGACCAGCCCAGAACAUGAUGCCGAGACGACGAUGCUGAAGAAGAUGAAUGACGUCAUCAGCGAGCAGCACGACUUCUGGAGAGACGAGGCGUCGAUGCUGCAGGAGGAGAACCACGAGCUGAAGAAGUUCAUCGAGGACAUGGAAAACGAGAGCGAUUUGAGGAGCGUCUUGGGUGAGGCUUGAGGAGAGACUCUUUGAAGGAGACGACCCGCUUCAGGAGCUGUGGAACGACGUCUUCUGACGACGAUUCGGGAGUUGCGGCAGAACGGGCGCGAGCAGGCGAGGGACAAGAAAAGCCGAGGCGACGCCAAGACGGAGUUGACGUUGGGACGCGAGAAAUGGCGACACGAAAGGAGCGCCAUCAUCAAUGUUGUGCAGAUAUUGCAGCGCGAGAAUACGGUUGGUUUCGACAGAAAAGUUUUCUCGAAAAAUUAGUUGAUGGAUUUAACGGAUUCCCAUAAUACCACUAGCUGGAUUAACACUUGUAAAGGAAAGUAAUUUUUUUUGAUGUGUGAUAGAAGAAACAUAGAACCAUAAUAAGUUGAUACGUUGAGGAGAUAUUGACUGAAAAGACAUAUCUCAAUGUUAUUUAUCUUCUAACCUUCAGACGGAGAAUUCGAAUUCGAUUUACUGCAAGCUUAUCAUUUUUUUUUCAAAAAUCAUGUGAAUCAACUGUUUAUUAACAUGACUAAAACUGAAUUUUCUUAACUGUACCGUUUGCGCGUGGUUUCUGAAUGACCUUGGGCAGUUCAGCUGCUUCGUUCGCAGUCCGUCGGAACCGUCAGUCUUCAACAAUUGGAACUUUUACGAAAGAAAAUUGUCGAAGCGAGAGAACUUCAGAGUUCUGCAACUGUGAUUCGGAACGAGGUUUCGAAAUAUUUUUUUUUUGAGUCUGUUGUUUUUUUAUUUGAGGCGAAUCGACAAAAAGAGGAGGUCGAAAUGGAGGCCCAGAAGUGGAGGGCAGCUAAAUCUGCAAGGUUGCAAAGCUUUUUCUGAGAGUGCGAACAAAAUAUUUCAAUUAACAAGAUUUGGAAUGGUCGCAUGUGGAAUGGCUCAAUUUUCGACUGCUGCGUAGCAGAUUAUGUCCACCCAACAAAAAAAAGAUUCUCGCUGGAAAUAAAGCAAAAACUUGCAAAACCUAUUUUUAGUGCGUAGAUUUGAGCCGUUCUGCAAGCGAGAGGGUUCCAAUUGGUCGCGAGUGAAUCGUAGAACGGAAGAGUAUUUUCAGUGAUGUCCUACACAUGUACCGGGACCUGGAAGUGGUCGAGAAACAGCUCGAAAUCGCGUUUCUGAAUAGUUCACAGCAGAGCGCAAAGGCGAAAACUCUGGAAAGAUCGGUUCGAUUCUAUCUUUUGCUGAUAAGGUUAAGAUUUAUUUCAGCUUCACACGAAAGAGCGACAGCUUGCCAACGUCAACGAGGAGCUGGAGGAGCUCAAAGAGCACAACACGGAGCUCAUGACGGCUCUGGAAAAUCUCAGAGAUUUUCGUAAAGUCGCCACCCAACUGUCUGAGUUUCCGAAAAAGGAAGAGAACCUGACUUUGAGUUUGACCUCCGGAACAUCUGUCAAAUUACCGAUGGCUGUGGAAAGCGACUACGAGAGCGACAUCGCGUCUUCCAGUGGAGGUUUUUCGAAGAAUACAUUGUAACAUGGGGAAAGAAUAUAUUUUCUGGUUUUUUAUAUUUUUCGAAUAAAUCUUGGAUUUUUCGUAGAAUUUCGCUUUAUUUCUAAAGCACAACUGGAAAAUAGUUCCAGUAUACUGUUUUUAAGAAGUAGGGAAGCUUGAUAUUAAUGUAAAAGGUGGACAAAUAUUUCAACAAAUCCUUCUCAAGUUUGCGAAAAGUCGAAAUGAUGUUCAAAAGGGAAAGAUUACAGGUUUUCAUUGGUUACUUCAACUUUCAGAUUCGAGUCACGCGGAGAAUUUCGUUGUGAGAACCGUGGUUCAAGACAAUACCAAAGAGUUCGAAGCGAGGAUACGACAGCUCAAGGAAACCGCCGAGGUCGCCCUGCGCGGAUACAGGGUCACUUCCGAAUCUUCUUCCGAUGCUUUGUAAAAAGGAGAAAAUCCUGAUAUUAGAGGGCGACCCUUGAUUCGAACUUUUUCCUCUCGCAUAAAUUAGAAAAAGUAUUGAAUUUUCUAGGCUACUAUACUUAAGUAAGAUACUUUAUUCAAACAUAGAAAGCAAGACAAGAACAAGAAAAACGUAUGAUAGAAAAAAGAAAAAGAAUAUUGGUCAAUAAGUGAUGGAGAGGAUAGCGACAAACAAUGAUCCGUGGUCAAAUAAAAAUAUUUGGAAAACACUAAUUCAAUUUUUUCAAUAUAAUUCAAAACUUUUUUUCAAAAAUACUAUUUUCUUUUGCCACACGCCAUUUAAAAAAAGGUUCACUGAGCUUUUCUUUAGUUUUUCUCUCUUGUGAGCCGAUUUGUUCAGGAUUUCACAUAAAUUUCUUUUUCACCGCACUUACCUGACCAUAAAUCAGGCGAAAGAAGAAAAAGGCGAAUAAAAGGUUUUUUCGUUUAGGAGCAAUUGGCGCAAAAAGACGUGGCAUUGGAGCAGUACAAGGAGCUGUUGAGAGAGCGACUGGGUUUGGAGCACGAAGAGACUCAGAGAAACGAAAAGCUCCGCGAGCAGCUCGAGCACGACUUGCGCGGGGAGCUGCAGGAGGCUGAGACUCGCAGCCGUCGACUUGAGGUUCGCCGCCAAACUCCUUAUACUCUUUCUUGCUGAGAAUGUUCAAAACAGUCAGCUUUCGCCUUGAGGUCGGCUUCUUUCAUUUUGGCAUGAUAUUGCUUUUUCUGAUUUAAAACUGCUCUCUAUUGGCUUUUCACAUUUUUGACUCUUUGAAGCGUGAAAAGUGAAGUUUAACUUCAACUUUCUUCAAUUACACACUUUUUUUUUUGAACAUAAAAAAAUGGAUAUCCUUCUUAUAUUAUAUAUUGAAUGAACGUUAAGUUCUUCAAAAUCAGUUUAGGCCCUCAGUUUGAAAUUUUCCAAAACACUCUUAGCUGUGUCCACCGCACCGGAUUCAUGGGCAAAGUUCAGAAAAACCUCGAAGAACUGACAGAAGCAAAUAGAAUUCUCUACUCGGAGCGUCGUCGCGAAGUUAUUCUCAACGAUGUAAGAUUUCGAAGCGAUCAGCUUUUUAAGAUAGUUGUUUCAAAGGAAUGGACUCAAACUCGGGAAGUACUAACGGAGAGGGAAGAACAGCAGCCGACGCCCAAGACGAACAACAGUAAUUUGGCGAUGAACGACGAAGAUCCAAGGAGUUUGGACGUUGACAAGCUGUCGAGGAAGGUUCAUCAGAUCAUAUGAUUCUUGGCCGAAGGAGAGUGUUCAGGAACUGGAGGAAGAAGUUAAAAUGUUGACGGAAGAACUGAACAAUCGUCACAAAGCUGAUGCGGAACUCCAGCGUCAAAAGGCAGAAAUCCGGUCGUUGAGGUCUAAAUAUCAACGGCUUAACAUCACUAAUAAGGUGAGAAACAGGAAAAACAGAAACCUUUUGAACGAUUUCGGACUUGCAGGAGCUUCUGGCGACCUGCGAACAGAUCCGAGCGGACGCACUUGCAGAAUUGUCCUCUUUCAAAAGAAAUAACGACAAUGUUGAUGCAAACGAAGUCGUCGGAAUGAGGUAUGAUGAGCAAUAAACAAAACAGUUCCAUUUUGGAAGGAAAUUUGUUUUCUUUGAAUUAUUUGAGGAACCUCGAGCAUUAGGGUUGAAAAUCAUCCCAUACCAAUCUUUUUUUUUUGAGAUUCGCGAUACUUUAAUACCCCUUAAAACAAUUGUUGAAAGUAUUUUCAUCAAAUCAAAAUCUACUGAUUUGAAUAUUCGACAUUUCUAUUCAAGCUGAGUUUCAGACUAGAGCUGGAGAAGCUCCGUGGCUCAAACCGAACGAUGCGAUCUCUCAACCAAAGUUUGAAGUCUGAAAUUGUUGUUUUGAAGAAUGAAUUGUCUAGAAUGGUCGAAAAAAAGGUUUACCCUUGUUUUUGGAAUUAAACUUCGAGUUCUUCUUCAGAUGGACGUCAACGAAUGGGAACGGAAGAAAAGAAAUGAAGAGCUGAUUGCGAGUUUGAAAAAACGUCUUGUUGGUCAGUUUAUGUUUUUUUCGGGUAAUGACUAUAAUUUUGAAGAAAGAGAACGAAGUGAGAAAGAAGCGAUUGCGAAAUUGGCAAAAAGAGAAAAGUUACUGGAAGAUUUGAGGCGCGAACAGACAGUAAGACAUUUAGAAUUCGAGAAAUCUCAACGACGUCUGAAAGAUGUUAGAAAUGAUAAGGUAAUAUUUUAUCAGAAGGAAGAAUAUAAUGAAAUUUCUUCUUUCAGGAAGUCAUGCAAAAAUCUUUGGAAAAUGUUAAAAAUUUGAACGAGAAGGCGGCAUCGUUCGAGGAAAAACUAAGGAAAAAAGAGCAGGUUUGUUUGAUCCAAAAUGAUGUGAUUUUUAAAAAGGAUGAAUCAAAAGUUAAAAAAUUUGAAUUUGCGUAGAAAUGGAAAUUUAGUGAAAUACAGGCGUGAUAACGCAGAAUCAUCGAAAGUUUUAACAAACCAAUUUUUUCCACUUUUCUCUUUCCUAUCAGGAACUUUCGACGAUCACCGCGACGCUGCGACAAUCUCAGCGCGACUUCGCCGACUACCGUAACCAAAAGGAGCAGACAAUACUCGAGCUGCGUAACCAGAACGGCAGCUUGCAAACCGAACUUCAAAAAUGGAGAUUCGAAACAGAAAAUCGAUCUCAACGACAAAAGACUGAGAGAAUAGCCGUCGAAACGCAGACGACCAAGCCUCGAGUGACCAUUUCCGACAAAGUUCGUACAAGACUUUUUCGAAAACAAAUUUGAAACAAUAGAAUUGAAACCAGCCGACCUUUUCUUCAGUAAAUUUUUUUUGAAGCUGAAGUCUUUGGAGUGAAAAAGCUAAAUUUUUCGCAGAGUUUUGAUUGAAAGGCUCAGAUCGAAUGUAUAGUUGUUCAAGUUCUUCGAUAGUAAUUUCGAAUAUUUGUUAGAUUGAAACCAUCAUCAUCAGUUUAUUCAUUUUACAAUAAAUAAAAGAUUUCUAAGGGCCAUAAGACCUCUUACCAACUCUAAGCAAUAAACUCUUUCCAGGACUGAACUUUUCCAAUUUGAUUCGAGAAACUAUAAGUGAAUAACCCUUCGAGUUUAACAUGGGAAAAUGCCAGGAAACCUUUGCCCCGCCCCCUGCCCCGAUGACGUCAUCCUCAUCGUCACCUCCACAGUCCUCAUCCAGUUCUUCUUCGUCAUCACGCAGUCAAUCGGUCGAGAAUUGGUCGUCGAUAGUCACGACGUCGACCAUGAAGAUGACGUCAUCCACUUCUUCUGAUUUCAACGAGGUCGAUUUGAAGAAGAAGCUAAGAUUGGUGAGUGAUGGGUUAUCUGCUGAAACUGAAGCGUUCGCAGACCGAGCUGAGGUUGGCUGAAUGCCAAGAGAAGCUGGAGGAUCUCGAACGGGACCACGGCAGAUUGCUCGACCAGUUCCAGCGGCUUGUUGCUAGAUCUACAGGUAGAGUGAUCCAUUCUCUUUUUGACAACGUUUUUCUUUGAAAUGUUAACAGUUUUAAAUUGGGGUAAAUUUAUCGUUCAAAUUCUUCAGAAUUUAUUUUUAACAAUAAGGCCCUGAAGGAAAAAGUGAAAAUAAAAAAGAUUAUGUAUAUAUUUUUUUGAUUUUGAAAUAAAAUUUGAAAAAUACAGCUGCUCCAAGUCGUGAGGAGAAGCCGUUGGGAGCUGUGCGGGUGCUUUCCGACAAACUCGAAGCAAAAGACCGCGAAAUCAUGCAGCUGGUGAGUUUUGGGCUUUCUUCCAAUAAAAAAUUGAAGGCUAGACAAAAAGACUCUUUUUGCUGCCCUUCUGCGAUCUUUUUUGAGCAUCUCCCUUUUAGCGGCCAUUAUCCACCAUUCCGACUUUGCCCAAAGAAUCCCUUCGAACAGAAUAGUAUUUCAAAAAAAUCGACAGGUUUCACGCACUCACAGAUAUAGUCAAUGUUUCCCGACUUGAAAGGCGAGGGAGGCGGGGCAAGGGGCGGGACGCGUAGCGUGUGCGUUCGCGGUCCUUGUUACGUGUUCAAUUCAACCGCCAUCGACUCUUUGAAAAUCCCUUUUUUCGCUCUUUUCAUUCCCUUUUCAAUUAUUUAUCGAUUAUGUUCAUGUGUGCAUCAAAAAAAUAGUAGAAAAAUACAGAAAAAAAGAACGGUUGCCGAGCUUUUUUUAGAUAGUCGGCGGCGAUUUAAUUGAACUGACGCCAAGAACCGCGAACGCACACGCUACGCGUCCCGCCCCUUGCCCCGCCUACCUCGCCUUUCAAGUCGGGAAACAUUGACUAUAAUGAAUAAAAUUUUUUUUUGAGUCAUGAAAAAAAUCUGAAUGACUGAAAUAUUUCACUUAUAAUUUUUUUCCACAUUCUUCUCGUCAUUGUGAAAAAUAAAAUUGCCUUUUCAGAAAGCCCACAUCGCUCAUUUGGAACGACGGGUCAUUUUCCCCAUCGUACCAUAA